AUGGUUGGCCAGUGUUGUGUUGGGCCAGUGUUGUGUUGGGUCAUUGUUGUGGUGGGUCAGUUAUGGUGGGCCAGUGUUGUGGUGGGCCAGUGUUGUGGUGGGCCAGUUAUGGUGGGCCAGUGUUGUGGUGGGCCAGUGUUGUGGUGGGCCAGUGUUGUGGUGGGCCAGUGUUGUGGUGGGUCAGUUAUAGUGGGCCAGUGUUGUGGUGGGCCAGUGUUGUGGUGGGCCAGUGUUGUGGUGGGUCAGUUAUGGUGGGUCAUUGUUGUGUUGGGCCAGUGUUGUGGUGGGCCAGUGUUGUGGUGGGCCAGUGUUGUGGUGGGUCAGUUAUGGUGGGCCAGUGUUGUGGUGGGCCAGUGUUGUGGUGGGCCAGUGUUGUGGUGGGCCAGUGUUGUGGUGGGCCAGUGUUGUGGUGGGUCAGUUAUGGUGGGCCAAUGUUGUGGUGGGCCAGUGUUGUGGUGGGCCAGUGUUGUGGUGGGUCAUUGUUGUGUUGGGCCAGUGUUAUGGUGGGUCAUUGUUGUGGUGGGUCAGUGUUGUGGUGAGCCAGUGUUAUGA